AUGGCGGGAGAAACAAAACCAUCUUCAGCGGAGCGAAAUUCUUUUACUUUACCGUGGAAUGAUAGCGACGUUAUUCUAGUUGUCCAAGGCUGGGAACUCCAUGUACAUAAAACUAUACUGGCUCUUCAAUCACCAGUUUUCAAAGCGAUGUUUAAUGGCCAGUUUCGGGAGGCCACUGCUGAGCGAGUAACCUUAGAAGGAAAAACUCAUAAAUGGGUGCUGCAAUUUUUGAGGCUUUUAUACCCUGCGAAUAUGAUUAGGGAUGGCAAAGUCAAGAUCUCAGAUGAGAAUGUUUUUGAAAUUUUGAAACUUGCUGACGAAUAUCAGGCAGAUAAUGUGGUUAGUCAGUGUCUUGCCGAGGUUAACCUAACCAAUGAAAAUGUAUUACGGUUACUCCCCUAUGCUGUUCGGCAUGACCAGUCUGCCCUCUCGAGGUUGAAUGAGAAAAUUGGAAGUGGGAUCUCGGUCGAGAAGCUUGGCAAAUUUGUGCCGGAAUUGUCUGACAGUAAAGCAGCGCAUGAGAUAUUCGUGUCUAAAGGUUGUCAUCUGGAAAAAGCUAUGCUUAAGUGUUGUAGAAUUAUAGAACAGCUCCUGUGCUUUAUUGGGAAGAGAAAGGCGGCCAUCAGUCGUAAUUGUGGGCACACAGUGAAAUUGUCUGAAUAUGAAAAUGCUGUGAAAUGUAAGGAAUGUGUUUCCAUCUACCGCAAAAUGUUUAUUGAUGAAGCAGCCAAUCAAAUUGUUGCUGAUAUUCAGCAUGUUCAAUUAAGAGAGAUGCGUGCAAAAUCAAUUGGAGAUUCUAUAAUCCAAGUGCUAAAUAUGAAGGCUAAUACGAAAUCAGGAAAUGGAAUUUAA